CUUUCACUUUGACAGGACCGCGCUGUUGUAUUCGCUGGUCACUUCUUGUCCGAAACGCUUUCCAUUUGUCCGAACUCUGAACGAUCUGGAAUCUGGACUUCCCCAAUGGCAUAGGAGAAGGUUGUACUUCUCGAAAGGCCCUUCCGAGGAGAGGCAUUUUGCAACACUUGUAUAGGAGAGCGGAGAAUCCGGCAAGAAGUCCUAUCAACAGACUCACCGGGAAAGUGUCCUUCGAUUCUGGCUGAGCAUCGACAAUAAGGAGAAUUCUAGCAAUAUUACCGCCGCAAUGGACGACGACACAACGCAACGAGACUCCCACCUACUGUCUAUAUGUGCGGCCCUGGGGGGAUAUGAGGAGUCGGAGCGCUUUGUGGAGGGUGUCGGGCUCGUUGAAGGCCGGUACUAUGUCAUGGGCGACGAAACGCUGGCCUGUUUGAGAGACUUGAAGAAGCUGCUUCGAAACGACCAGAGUUCGAAAGAAAAGACUGUGUUGCGAGCGCUGGGGAGGUGGAAUAUUCUGCAGACGGACUUGAUACCUAUCCUAUUGGCGGCAAAGGCGACCGGGCAGGAGAAGAUAUCGCAGACUGUUGUCCAGCUAUUUGUGCCUCUCACAUGGCCGGUUGACCCGGAAUCGAUCGACGCUGCUGGUCAGCAGGAGAUUCAAAGAGGGUACAAGGAAGCAUUCCUUCAAGAGGGUGUGCUCCAAGCUAUUAUGGACCAACUGCUCAAGCCGUUUGCUAAGAUAUACCGGGAGAGGACGGAUAGAGAUCACACAUUUGUCGCUCUGAUCCUGACACUGUUCCGCAACCUCCUGGCCAUCCGGGAUGACCAGGCUGACAUCACAUCCACGGUGGAGAAGUAUCGGAGAUCAACCCUGCAGGAAGACUUGAUCAUACACUUGGAAAAGGCAGACAUCGUCGCUCUCCUCCUGUCUCUCGCGGGCUCAGUGGACGACCGGGAAUACGUCGAGUACAACAUGAUCAUAAUGGAGAUCUUCUACUACUUCUUCCUUGAGCGUGAUCCGGAGCAUCUGGUCUCGGCUGCAAAGAGUCGGUCGACGGAACUGGCUGCCUUGAGAGCCGAGGAACAACGGCUUAAGCAGCAGGCGCGGAAGGCAGCCACGAGGCAUUCGAGAUUCGGCGGAACGUUGUCUUUCAAGCUUACCGACGGACAAACCUUCACAGUGCACAACCCAACAGCCGCCUACAACAGCGUCGAGGAAGCGCUGGACAAAAACAAGGGUGCGCAACGCGAGGUGCGCAAUAAAGUGGGGCAGAACGAGAUGAAGAAGGCACGGGCUGUUAGAAGCUCGGAAGCGGCCAGAAUCUAUUCCGAGACGGCGAGUGCUUUCUUGGCGAAUUGCUUUAAUUGCAUGGUGGAGUCCAUCAGACGGGACUUUGCAGCCGAGCGCGACAAAGUACAGGAGCAUCACUACGCGCGUUUCCUGUGGCUCUGCUCGUUCUUCCUGAAGUUCCAAUUAGCAUGCCUUCGUGAAUACCACCGAAAAGGCGAGGUAAACAGAGAAGCUGGACUUGCACCACCAGAGACGAGCGAGAUGGAUUUCGACACCGUCACCGAGUUCCUGGAUCUUCGCGGUCUGGAGUUUGUGUGUGGCCGCAUAAACCGUGCGAAGGACGAAAAGAGAUGGCCAGAAGUCUAUGUUGGGAUCGACUGCCUGAAGCAAAUCCUUCUAUCCCUCGACGCCAUGAUGCUCUCCGCAGACGAGGAGCUGCGCGAAGCCUCUGAAACUAUCCAGAAGAACAUGUACUACGACCACUCGACUAUCGAGUUGGCUUUCAGUCUUGUCACGAGUUUCAAGCGGAAUCAUCAUUUGAGCCAUUUGAAGACUCUUGUUGAAUUGGUACAUGUCCUCCUCAAGAUGCUCGAAUACUAUUCCCAGCAAAACGCCACGAUGCUCAGGCGGAAGACGGUCAAAAAGAAGAAGAGACCAGGCCCGCAAGCCCGAGCCGAAGGCGACGAAAGUGAAGACGGCGAGCCGGAUGUACAGAACGAGGCUGCCGAGGAGGCCAUUCGCGAGUCGAAGGUUACGUUCAACCACAUUGUCGCCCGUUUCGCGACGGAUGGCACCGUAUCGACAUACUGCGUUCUGUUGAAGCAUUACCGGGAGGUUGAAACACAGUACAUAUAUUUCAUAACUGUGAUGUUCCAUCGGUUGUUUUUUAAGGGCGGGGCUGGGGCGCCGCUGUUUUAUAAGCUGUCGGUCCUCCACCUCUUCAACAAGAUCCUAGCCGACAAACGCGUGCUCCCGGUCUGCAAAGCGUUCUCGGAGCUGUAUGCGUUCAUAACGUACGCUACAGGCAAGUUCUUUAAGAAGGCGGAGGAGUAUCCUAUGUUGUUCCUUGAGGUCUUGUACACCAAAACGAAAGGCGACUGCAUGCGGAUUGAGUUUGGGAACGAGGACCCGGUGCUGCCGUCCAAAGAGGACGAGGAUACGGGGGUUGUUAAGGAUAUCGAGGUUAAGCCUGGGUUGACAUGGGGCGAGGAAGUGCAAGUCGCUGUGACCCUCCUGGUGGAGAAGGAUGAGCGGGAGUUGGUAACGUGGAUCACCGAUAUCCUACUGGACGCGGCAACGCUGCGAUCGCCGCGGCCGCCGACUGAUGGGGUUGCUAUGGAUGAGGAGGUUGUUGUUAGCGAGGCUUAUGAUAUUAAGCAUGAGACGGAAGAACAAGGCGUGGCACUUCAGCGGAACGUUGCCUUACGGUUAUUGCUUCGCCUGUUGAGCUUUGAGGAGGUUACCGAUGAAGGCCCUUCCAUAUUCUACCGCAUCCCCCCCAUCAUCACCUCCACAUAUCUCCUCGGCCACCGCGAAACCAUCAUCCGGUACCUCGAAACACCCAACGUUGAAGACGUCUCCGACAUGGUCCGCAAGAAGCCGAAGAAGCGGAAACGGAAGGCGGCGGCGAGUGCGGGGACGAGGAAGGCUAAGGAGGUCAAGCAGUUCAAAUCUAAACAGUUUGUGUCGGAUAGCGAUGACGAUGACGACGCGGAGUUCUACGCGCGGGAACGGGCGCUGAAGGAGAAAUACGAUGCGAUUUAUAAGAUGAUGAUGGAAGCGGGAGCGGGACGAGCACCCCGAUCUCGGUGUCGGAUGUCGAGUCGGUGAGCGGGAGCGGGAGUGGGAGUGAGUCUGAGGAAGAUUCGAGGCCGCCGCCGUCGAACCGGAUAUCACCGGUU